AUGCGCGGUCAUCGCAUAGACUCGUACAAGGAUCUCCUAGCAGUUUGCACAGGCUUGCACAAACUCGUUCUCCGGCGUUACCGGCCAAGCUUGAAGAAGCGAGAACCCCCAUUCACGCUCCCCCAGUCCAUCCGGGAACUCCACAUUUGCGACUCGGACUUCCGCUCAUCCGAUCCUUUCAUCGCUCUCCUCCGCGCCACUCCUGGACUCGCUGAGCUGUACUUGGACAGCUGCUCCGCAGAACUCAAGUCGGAUAGUACCAGUUCCAGCGCAUGUAGUCCGAUAACGGAACGUCUGUGCCCCGCCUUGCGAGUGCUCGGUGUUUCUCUCGCGUUCGGCUGUGUUUCAUCCAUGCUCAAGCCAAUCCGUCUCGAUAAUCUCCGCAAACUUCGUAUAGUUGUCGGGGGGAAUGACAGUGUAGAGAUCUUACGCAAGGUUCUUGCAGAUGCGGACCUCACCUUGACUACCUUGCGAUUGACCCCUGCUACUCAUGGCGAUGAAAUUAUCGAAUCCCAACGCAAGUGUCUGUCCGAGGCUCAAAAAUCGGCGCUUCGUGAGGUUCAUCUAGCGGUCGCAGAUGUCCCCGGCUUGUCGGUCGCAUUCUCUGCACAGUUUUUCGCUGCUUUGAGCGCACCUGGAGUUGAAGUUAUCCGCCUCGAUUAUGGGAUGCGUCGACACCGAUUCUUCGACCUCGACGAGGUUGCCGCCUGGGUGCCAGUCGAUGAUACGCUCGCUGCCUUUCCGAAUCUCAAGGAGCUCGCGGUCGUGGACGACGAACGUUUUGAAGCACGUGAAUUUGCCAAUAUAUCGCAGUAUUUACCGCGAUGUGCGGCAAGGGGGAUUCUCCUUCCCGAAGUCGAGUACGCCAAAUACAGUUGGAACCGCUCAGACUUCGAUAUCGGCGCAUUCUGA